ACAGUAGUGCUCGAGACGCCGCCGAUGGCGAAGUGUGGAAAGUGAAUAAGACGAAGCGACUUUGACGCGCGAAUCGCGUGUGUUGUGCGUGUUUUGGUGUGAAAUGUGUGAAGGAACGUGGAUGUUUUUCAUGGAGGAUAAUGAUUGAGUUGGACCAAGUUGAAGCGAAAAUCAUAUCCUCGACAUCCGCUUCAUUAAUCAAUGAUUCAAGAUGCAAACGAAGAACAUAAAUAUCGAAAGGGCGCCCAACAACAGCACAGAUGGAGGCGGUACACGCAUCAGUAUGCCCGAGAAGACAGUCUUAAUGAUACAGCGCGGCCCCCAUAAUUUUUCCGAAGGUCUGCAGACGAAUGGAGAUGCAGACAGCGGUGCUCCACCGUUGCCACCCAGAACGGCCAUCAUUUUCACCCCUUUACCCGCCGUUUCUAAACCACAAGUUGAGGUGGAAGGUUAUGGGCCCUACAAACCGGUUCCACCCCCAAAACCUUUACCCCAACAGCCUAUUUCGUCACAACAACAAGGCUGUCUUACACCGCCUCCUUACAGGAUGCCCCCUUACCCUUUGUACAAUGAGCCUAGUAUUCCAGGAGCAACAGGAUUAGAUACGCCUAUAGCAACCUCGAGUCCUGCCACACAAGGGCUGCACACACAUUCUAGCAAGUUUCCGAUUGAAAGAGAAGUGAUUUUGUCUAGUACGGAUAAGAACUCGAAGAUUCCGAUUCUUCACGAUUAUAAGAAAAGAACGAAAGGUGCCAUCGCUCCUGACGUCCCACCCAAACAAAUGUCUGCUUGGACGGCACAGGGCCAAACCCAUCAGAUUCUGAGCCCUGAUCAGAAUCACACGGGAAUAGUCCAAACCCCACACCAGCAAUCCGACCAAAACGCAGUCUUCCGAGCCACUUACCACCCACCUCCUCAAGAAUAUUACAACGGACAAGGCAAUCCAUCAACCGGUGCUGUGCCUAGACAGUCGUGGCAUGGGGGCGACAACAAAUCCACUCCACGCCCUUACCAAGAAGAUUUCUCCCAAAGCAAUUCCCAACAAGUGACCGUACAAAUCGAACAAGCAAAAGAACAAACGAAAGACAAAAAGAGUAUGACGAAAACAUACCACACCAUUAAAGACAUCAUUUCGAGCAGGUUCAAGAGUAACAAAGACAGCACCGAGGAAAAAUCAGAGGAACCUGGUUUGAACAACGUGGCAGAGGAAUUAAGGCGUAGUCAAAGGAACAUAGGUGAAGAACAGCCGGAGAAAAAGACAGAACAAAACAUUUAUGGAAAACCUAGAAUUGACCAAAAUAUUUCGCAUCAACAGCAUCAGUAUAAUAUAAUGCUACAAGCCCAACAGUAUCAGGUUAACCAACAGUUAAAAAUGCAACAAACGAUGUACCAACAGCAGUUGGUGCAAGCAAGAAGCCAAGAAAUGCUUGUUGCAAGACCGGAAGAACAAGUUUAUUACCAGAAUGCGUACGGAGCGACGCCUCAAAGGAACGGAAAUAGAUUCGUUUCGCCCGCGAAUCGGGAACAGAACUAUGUACAAAUGCAGCACCAUCCACAAUUUUCCCCCAAAGAAAAAGACGACAGACGUCAACCAAUCGCGAUGGAGCGUCGUAGUGCCCAACAAAUCGAGCGAGACAGUCUGCGUCAGAAAAGUUUCGAAGCCCGUCGUGCCGCCUCCCACCCCCAGUUGGCCUACGACGACGAAACCAAAACCGAAAUUCCGGACAGUAGGCCUCAGCCCCAAGCAGCCCCUGUCCGGCGUGGCUCCCACGGGAAUAUCAUGGACGCGGCGGCUUCAACAGCUCCCGAUGCGGAAAAAGACAGCGACGAUGGGGGUUUCCUCAAACGCAACCAUUCCAAAGAACAGAAAAGUUCAGAAAUGAAUCAAGAGGAAGAAAGUAAAGUGACAGAAGCGCUGCAGGGGACUCCUCGGAAACGCCUCGAAGGUGAAAUUGGGAAAAUCGAAGGGGUUUAUAAUGUUGGACAGAGGACAAAAGACGAUGAAGGGAGAGGGAAGAAGAAUCCCUCAGGCUCAGCUGCGAGUUCGGAUUAUGACAAAGCUGGGCAAUCAUCUUCAAAUGCUGAUUCAGGGAGGGGAAGUGCUGCUUAUAGUAGUGGGAGGAGGCCUGGGGGGUUGGAUUUGAAUGGCGAAGGGGAUACGGGGCAGCUACAAGGACAUUACAGGGAUCAUCAUGGGGGGCAUGAUUCGGAAUGGGUGGAUAUUGUUGAAAAUGAAUUGAGGCAUAUUCUUGAACCGAAACUGCACGAAUUGUCCCUGCAAGGAGGUGGAGGAAUUGCGAAUUCCACGUUAAGUGAGAGUAUUUCGUCAAUGACUCCGCCACUGCCGCCCCUUUCUCCCGGUGAACAGUCCUCGCCCAAUGUGACUCCGAGGAAUUCAACAAGAUAUAAACACAGCAGCUUGCCAUAUGGUAGCAAGCCCGACUACGACGGGUACAAGUCAAAGCUCCACGCAGGUCGUGAUUCAAGCUCAAAUUCACGAUGGCACAAUAAUUCAAAUCAGAAACAUAGAAGUACAAAGAAGAGCGACCACAGUGCUGCUUUAAGAGGCAAACAAAUUUUUGGUUUGGAUACUACUGAUCUAACAUCAACUACAACGAGAUCUUUAGAUCUCGAGUCAAUGUUGGACGGUCAAAGUGACUCGGAUGGUGACAUAAGUACAACCGAUGCUAGAGCCAUAAGAAAGCAGUUGGAGGGUUUGGAGACUAUGUAUUCAGAAGUCCUUAAACUCCUCGGUGUUAAAAAAUACAGUGGUCGAUAUCAGCCUUCAGAUCCCAGAUUCAGUAAACGGCGGUACGGCAGUAUGUCCUCUCUACCCUCCAGUUCAGUCAGCAGUCGACCAAUCAGAGACAAGCGGCGGGCACACGAAGACAGAAAGAAAGUCAGAGACAUACGAGGAAUUAACAAGAGAUUUCAAAGAUUGGAAUCGCAUGUUGUUACUCUAGCUAGGUCUGUCGCUCAUUUAUCGUCUGAAAUGCGUACCCAACACUUGAUGAUUCAAGAAAUGGAAAAUAUUCGAGGUGAAAUAGCGGCACUGAGAACCCAGACCAACAUGUUAAACGUGAGGUCACAGUCGGCAUCGAGAGCCGUCAACACGUCCAAAGAUUUACCGACUUUGGCGAAUCCUACAAGAGUCAAAAAGUUGACGAAGUUUUUUGGAGAUGAGCCGCCAUUAUUGAGACUGUUUUUACGGAAACUGGGCUAUGAGAAAUAUGCAAACGUUUUCGAGAAUGAGCGAGUCGGAAUGGUCGAACUGCCUUAUCUUAGCGAAGAGAGGCUUCAGAAGAUGGGAGUGCCAUUAGGCCCAAGACUCAGGAUUAUGCAGGAAGCGCAGAUUUCGGUCUGCAAAGAUAAUACGUUGUGUAUUGUUUAGGAGCGGUACAAUCAGACAAUGUGUAGGAAAUUUAACUUAGUUUUAAGUUUGCAGUCUUAGAUAUUUUUAAUAUUUAUUAAUCUAGUUUAUACUUUUAAUUGUCUGAUUUGUAAGUGAUUGUAAAUGGCGGCUCAAAAAAAGACCUCGGUUUUUUAUUAGUUAUAAUGUUUACUUGUAUGUACUUAAAUAUGUAAGUAAGUUGUAUAGUUUUUUGUAUAUAUUGAAAUAAACAGUUUUAAGUUAUUGCCAAUAAUACCAAAGAUUUGUUCUUUGUACUUUUUUACUUGAAAUAAAACAUAAUGGGUUUUGUAAUACACAAAACGUUUAAUUUACCUUUUCUUUGUUUUCUAAGCGCAAGUUAGGAAUAUCAAAUGAUAAUUGUUUCUGAAAAAUUGAAAUUAAUG